AUGGGAGGGGAGUCCUUUGGAUUCAGGAGGGGUAGAGGUAUUGACAAUGCUGUUUUUGGGCUGAAUAAGGAGGCUCUUAGUGCUUUGGAUGGAUCGCAGAAGGUACUUGGUAUCUUUUGCGAUCUGUCCAAGGCCUAUGAUUGCGUGGAUCAUGACCUGCUUUUGUCCAAGUUGUGGCACUAUGUGGAUUGGAUGAAACGCAUAAUCCAGAGUUACAACGCGGCAGUUACUUACAUUGACGAGUUGAUUGGUGAACUGCUGCUGACACUUGAAAACGAAGGAUUAGAUAAUAAUACAAUUGUCGCACUGAUUGGAGAUCAUGGCUGGUCACUUGGAGAGCAUGGAGAGUGGUCUAAGUUCAGUAAUUAUGAGGUGGCCACUCGAGUUCCAUUCAUACUCAAGGUGCCUCAACUUCAACAAAAAGGGAAACAUCUGAAUCAGGAACAAAAAGAUCAGAAUCUAUGGAUUCAGAAACGUAAGAGUGAACAAGGUCUACUCACUGGACAGAAGAAACUGGAACAACUGAAUCAGGAACAAAAAGAUCAGGAUCUAUGGAUUCAGAAACGGAAGAGUGAACAAGGUCUACUCACUGGACAGAAGAAUCUGGAACAAUUGAAUCAGGAACAAAAGAAACAGGUUCUAUGGAUUCAGAGACGGAAGAGUAAAGAAGGUCGUCUACUCACUGGACAGAAGAAACUGGAACAAAAAGAUCAGGAUCUAUGGAUUCAGAAACGGAAGAGUGAAGAAGGUCUACUCACUGGACAGAAGAAACUGGAACAACAGAAACAGGAACAAAAGAAACAGGAUCUAUGGAUUCAGAAACGGAAGAGUGAACAAGGUCUACUCACUGGACAGAAGAAACUGGAACAACAGUCUAAGGAACAAGAGAAAAAGUGGCGCAUGCGCAAUGAGCUAGUGGAAUUGGUGGAUUUGUUUCCAACCCUGGUGGAACUGGCUGGGUUUGAACCAUUGGAGAGGUGUUCAACUGGUGAAAAGCAGCAAUUGCUCUGCACUGAGGGAAACAGUUUGGUGCCUCUCUUGCUUCAGGAGAACAGUGUCAAUCCGACGACAGCAAAGUGGAAACGAGCAGCAUUCAGCCAGUACCCGCGUCCCGGCCUCUACCCUAUGCUUAAACCGAACAGCGACCGUCCUCGAUUAUCCGAAAUUGCCGUCAUGGGCUACACAAUGCGCACCGACCGCUAUCGCUACACCGAAUGGGUGCGUUUCAAGCCGAACGGCUCUAUUCUCAGCACAAUCUCGAAUCGGUACUCUAUUCAUGAAAAUAUAUCAAAUGGUUCCUCUUCCUCUAUUCAUGAAAAGACAUCUAAUGGUUCCUCUGAUCCUGAAGUGGUGUCCUCUAUUCAUGAAAAGACAUCUAAUGGUUCCUCUUAUCCUGAAGUGGUGUCCUCUAUUCAUGAAAAGACAUCUAAUAGUUCCUCUGAUCCUGAAGUGGUGUCCUCUAUUCAUGAAAAACAUCUAAUGGUUUCUCUGAUCCUGAAGUGGUGUCCUCUAUUCAUGAAAAUACAUCUAAUGGUUCCUCUUAUCCUGAAGUGGUGUACUUUAUUCAUGAAAAGACAUCUAAUAGUUCCUCUGAUCCUGAAAUGGAUGAGCUCUGAUUGGUCCUCUGCUGCCAAACUGGGACCUGAUUGGUCCUCUACUCCUGAGAUGAGCUCUGAUUCGUCCUCUACUCCUGAGAUGAGCUCUGAUUCGUCCUCUGCUGCCAAACUGGGCCCUGAUUGGUCAGUGGUGUACGCUUGUGAGUUGUAUGACCACGCAAUUGACAGUGAGGAGAGUAUUAAUUUGGCUGACAGACCUCAGCUGGCUGCAUUGAGGCGUCAGUUGAGUGAGCAGUUGAGGCGCGGUUGGAGAGGAAGUCAGUGAAAGAGAGAUAUAUGCAGACUGAUAAUGAAAGAGAAAGACAGAGUGAUGAUGGUGAGGCACGACUAGAGAGGCGGUUCGUCUACUCGGUCAGAGAGGAUUAGUUUAGAAGGAGAGGGUAAAGAAUAAAAGAGAGAGAGAGAGAUACUGGCCC